AUGAACUUUUACGUACUUUAUUGGUACUUCCUUAUCAUCACAUCCUGUCACUUUAUGCUUCUUGCCUCUCGUAAUACUGCUCCGGUUAGCAGGGCCCUUAGAUCCUCGAUAGGUCGUCAUUUUUUUGCCACCACUAAACCCGCCACUCGUCGUCAUUUCACUUCUUCCUCUUCCUCCUCGUUUGAUGGAUCUGCUGCAGGGUUCAAGUAUAAUGUCGCGGUAGCGUACGCUCCAAAACUCCGGUCUGAAGAAUUAGAUCCAGCAAAGUAUCCUGCUGGUGAAGAUAGUUUCAUCCAUGGGGCACGCCAGAGUGAUGGGAACUUGGUCCUCGGGGUGGCCGAUGGGGUUGGUGGGUGGUCGGAAGUUAAAGGAUGCUCUAGUGCCGAUAUGUCGAAUGUGCUUUGUGGAUUAGUGUCCAAGUUGUUUAAAGGGCAAGAAGUCGGUGGUGAUAACACCAAGGAUUUACUCGCCAGAGCCUAUAAAGAUAUGAAACUUGCUAAAGUGGUGAAAGCCGGGGGUACUACCAUUUGCUACGGGGUCCUCAAUUCCCAAACUGCAAAUUUGGAAGUAUUAAACUUGGGAGACUCUUGGUGUGGGGUAUUCCGUGACUUCAAGUGCGUGGAACAGACGAAAUUCCAAACCUUGGGAUUCAACACCCCAAAGCAAUUAUCAAUCAUCCCUAAAGACUUGCAGGAAAAAGCUGCCCGUGAAGGAAGAAGAUAUAUCACCAACACCCCAAGCGAUGCAGAUGUGUACAAUUUCCAGCUCCAAAAGAACGAUAUUGUAGUAUUUGCCACGGAUGGGGUCACGGAUAAUGUGUACCCUGAGGACUUGGAGAUGUUCCUUAAGGAUUCGUACGACAGUCAGGUCGAUAACAAAGAUGUGGAUCUCCAGAAAGUGACGGAUAGUUUGGUCAAUGGGGUUAGAGUGUUGAGUCAGAACCCAAAGUUCCCUAGUCCCUUCAGUCAAGAGAUGUCCAGAGUAUAUGGUCAAAAAUAUUACGGUGGGAAAGCCGAUGAUAUUACCGUGGUUAUUUUGAAAGUUGAUUAA